GGCAUGCGUAAAUCCAAUCUCUCAUAUGGAAUUACACCGGAUAUGUUGCUAUUAUUGUGGUUGUGUCCAGCAAGGUCAUAUCUGUCAUUUAACAACAUCACAACAUCAAAAGUAAACAUAUUACUGUCUGAAAGCCGGAAAAUCCAACCCCCCAAAAUCUCAAACACACCUUCGAUCAUCGUCUUCAUCAUUUCUUCUCAUCAUUUUCUCCGAAAACAUUUCUCUAUUCCCAUUUUGCCCUUCUCCAAGAUCUCAAAAUCCCCCUCAAUUUCCUGCAAAUUCGAGGCCAUUUCAGGGAAUUCAAUAAAACAAACCGAGAACUUUCAGUUCUGAAUAAAAUGGCGGAAAUUUUUGGGGCAUGAGGUAUUGGUUUUUGUAGGGAUAGAAUUAUGAGGGCAAAUUCGUCUUUUUGGGCUGAGAAUUCAAGUAGUGAUUCAUCAACGUCAAAUUCGGUUGUUCCACGGAAUUCGAUUGCGCAAAACCCUAAUUGCAAACACAGCUGCGGUAACGUCUUUCAGCUUUUAACGAGGAGGGAGGUAUCUCCUCGAACUAAACGCAGCUCUAAGAAGUUUUGGGGUGAGACCUCUAAAUGUUCUGUUCAUUCCAAUGCGUUAAAAAGCCAAGUAGGAAGAGACCCAAGACGGAGUCUUAUAUCAUGGGUAGAGGCAGAGUCAUUGAGACACUUUUCAGCUAACUAUUGUCCACUGUUGCCUCCGCCUAGGUCUACUAUAGCUGCGGCAUUCAGUCCUGAUGGAAAGACACUUGCUUCUACUCAUGGAGAUCACACGGUAAAGAUAAUUGAUUGCCAAAGCGGGAAAUGCUUAAAGGUGUUAAGUGGACAUCGCAGGACUCCUUGGGUGGUUCGUUUCCAUCCACUGUACUCUGAGAUACUUGCAAGUGGAAGUUUGGACCAUGAAGUUCGUUUAUGGGAUGCAAAAACUGCCGAGUGUAUAGGAUCGCGUGAUUUUUACCGUCCUAUAGCAUCCAUUGCCUUCCAUGCCCAAGGGGAAGUUCUCGCUGUUGCUUCAGGGCACAAGCUUUAUAUGUGGCACUACAACAGAAGAGGGGAGGCAUCUUCUCCAGCUAUUGUACUAAAGACAAGACGUUCACUUCGUGCUGUGCAUUUCCACCCACAUGGCGCACCAUUUCUCUUAACAGCUGAGGUCAAUGAUCUGGACUCAUCAGAUUCGUCAAUGACGCUUGCAACUUCUCCCGGUAACUUGCGGUACCCUCCUCCUACUGUGUAUUUGACAGAUGCUCACUCCACUUAUCGAUCUGCUUCAGCAAAUGAACUACCCAUCAUGUCUCUACCAUUCAUGAUUUGGCCAUCAAACGCUAGAGGUGAUCCUAGAUUGCCUUUGCAGCAGAGCAAUGCAGACAUGGGUUCUGACAGUACACAGAACAGAGCAGACACUUCUGCAUCUGUCCGGCUUCUCACGUACUCAACUCCUUCUGGCCAGUAUGAACUUUUAUUGUCCCCUAUUGACCCAACUUUAUCUCCUGCACGAGAAGCUCAGACUGGUUCCUCUGUUAGGGAUACUGAGAAUGCAUCUCAUCCUGUAAUUGAUCCUAUGGAGACUGAUGUGCCGGCUGAAGAGAGAAACAAUCAGUUUUUUCCUUUCAGUGACCCUGCAUACUGGGAAUUACCUUUCUUGCAAGGAUGGUUGAUUGGCCAAAGCCAAGCAGGCCGACGAGCUAUUCAUCCAGAGCAUAGUGGUGCCACGAACAGUGUAUCGGCUUAUGGUGAAGUAGAACAUCCUCCUGCAGUUCCGGCAGUCAUUUCAAACAGUAAUCAUCCAAGGUCUGGAAGAUCUGGUUCUCGCCACCGUUCUUCACGCUCUAGAGCGAUACCUGUUGCCGGAUCUAGUGAUAGUGCUGCUCCCAUUAAUAUUGUACAUGAUGAAAGUGAUUCUCAGGCUUUUAUGAGUCGAUUCCAGUCAGAGAUAGCUACUUCACUGACUGCAGCAGCAGCUUCUGAAUUGCCUUGUACUGUGAAACUCAGAGUAUGGCCUUAUGAUGUUAAGGCUCCAUGUGCUCCGCUUGAUGCUGAAAAAUGUCGCUUAAUCAUACCACAUGCUGUGCUUUGUAGUGAAAUGGGCGCCCACUUUUCACCAUGUGGGAGAUUCUUAGCAGCUUGUGUUGCAUGUAUUCUGCCCAACAUGGAAGCUGAUCCUGGUUUUCACGGACAAUUUCGUCAUGAUGCUGCAACUUCACCUACCAGGCAUCCAAUUGCAGCCCAUCGGGUUAUGUAUGAGCUACGGAUAUAUUCCUUGGAGGAGGCAACGUUUGGUUCAGUGCUUGUAUCUCGAGCAAUUAGAGCUGCUCAUUGUUUGACUUCUAUUCAGUUCUCUCCAACUUCUGAGCAUCUUUUACUUGCCUAUGGGCGUCGCCACGGUUCACUUCUGAAAAGUAUAGUGAUUGAUGGAGAUACAACUGUACCAGUUUACACGAUUCUUGAGGUCUAUAGAGUUUCGGAUAUGGAACUUGUGAGAGUUCUUCCCAGUGCGGAGGAUGAGGUUAAUGUCGCUUGUUUCCAUCCUUUGGUUGGUGGUGGCCUAGUAUAUGGAACCAAGGAAGGAAAAUUGAGAAUCCUCCAAUUUGAUAAAUCAAAUGGUUUGGACGGGACAGUAUCCUGUUUCCCUGAUGAAGACAUGCUUGAGGUCUCAACAUAUGCUUUAGAAGGCUAGAAACUUUGAAGAUAGCAGAUGGUUUUUAGCUGUAAAACUUGUAUUCAGGGUGUCAUGAAAAUAUACGUAUCAGGAGGCGGGUGGUUGCAAAAUUGUGUCUUGUUGAUGGUGGCUGUAUAGUUAAAUGUGUUGCUGCUGGUGGCAAAGAGAGGGUUUAUACUUACAGUUGUGUACUGACACUAGCCAUUACAGGCUGACUGAUCUUUUUCGUGUGCGAAAAACGUUGUGCUUAAACUACAAAGGUGGUUUCAGGAGAGCCACGGUUCUCCAUCUAGAGAAAUUAUACUAACUUUGAUAGAGGAAGUGUCGUCGGAAAGUUGCGAGGGGCGAAGAAGUUUGCUGUUUCUGCAAGUUGACAUUUCGUUAUAUUGUCAUAUGGUUUCAAAUGUACAUCAGAAAUUGAAAUAGACUAGUUAAUUUUCUUUCAAGUGAAAGGGGGUAAAAGAAAAGGAUAAGGAAAAAAAAGUCAGUUGCAAACAUUCAAGUGUUUAUAUGUAUUCAACUUUUUAUACUUUCUUUCAAAUGGUUUCUAUUUUGUUGACGUACUAAAAGAAAGAAAAGAAAAGAGUUAUCUUUCAAA